UAGUAGAAUUAAAAUAAACAUGUGUGAGACCAUUGUGUUGUAUGUGAGUGUGAGACUCAAUCACACAGCUCUGGGACUGAUGAUCUGAUUCUGUCAGCAUAUAUAUAUUAUACAGGUUUUUGAUGUUUGCGCCCGUCAUCAGCGCAGGAGGAGCGCACGAGUCUCUGUCUCUGAUGCGCCGCCGUCAUUAGUGCAGUGUGUGUGUGUGUGUGUGUGUGAGAGAGAGGGAGAGCAUGGGUCUGAUGUCUCUGCUGGCUCGAAUCAUGCGCUAUCUCCUGCUGCGGCCGGAGACCCUGCUGCUCUUCUGUCUCAGUCUGGCUCUCUGGAGUUUCCUCUUCCACACGGAUGAGGUGAAGACCAUCGUGCGCUCGAGCCGCGACGCGGUGAACAUGAUGAAGGGCAAGGUGGCGGAGAUGAUGCAGAACGAGCUGGACGAGGAGCUCUCCAGGACCUGGCAGCACAGGAGCAAGAGUGCGGCGGUGUACUCGAUCCAGGGCAGGAGGGACCACAUGGAGGACAGGUUUGACAUUCUCACGGACACACUCAACAAGAGCCAUCCGACCAUCUUUGGCGUCUUCGAUGGGCAUGGUGGAGAGACGGCAGCAGAAUAUGCCAAGUCGCAUCUUCCCGUCAUGUUGCGGCAGCAGCUUCAGCGUUAUGAGAAGCAGAAGGAGAACAGCGCUGUGACCCGCCAGUCCAUCCUCAGACAGCAGAUACUCAACAUGGACAAAGAGAUUCUGGAGAAACUGUCGGCCUCCUAUGAUGAAGCAGGUACCACGUGUCUGGUGGCUCUGCUGUCUGAGAAGGAGCUGACUGUGGCGAAUGUUGGCGAUUCGAGGGCGGUUCUGUGUGAUAAAGACGGUAAUGCUGUCCCGCUGUCACAUGACCACAAACCCUACCAGCUCAAAGAGCGGAAGAGAAUCAAGAAAGCAGACAAGGUUUCCAUCGACCACAAUGAAUAUGUGGAGAGGUGGACAAAGGGUAUGCAAGAGGCUUAUGAGAUUGCCAGUUACCACACCAACUCAAAAUACUACACUAAAGCAAAAACACCAACAGAAAAGCACAUCUUUACCUGCUGA